AUGGCUCCAAAAUUGCCGGCUGGUGGAUCCAGAUCCAACCCCAAGUUGUGGUUAGCAGCCGUAGUGGCCACUUCUGUAGUUACUAUAGGGUACCAAAUAUACCAGUUGUAUAGCCAGGAGGAUGAACGAAUUCGCGAGAGAAGUGGCAAAGUGAGCGAGGCCAUCGAGGGGAGUGUAGCCAAAAAGUACGGCAACAAAUCGAUAGCGUUGACGUUAUCACAUUCGAUUCUCAAUCUGAAGCUUCCACUCAACGAGAUUCUCAUCAACAACGAAAAUAUGAUUUUUAUCUUACCUCCCAAUUUGCUGGAGGACGACGUGACGUAUAAUCUUGAUCCUCUGAAGUCGGGAAUUAUGCCCAACUUCAAGUUGCUCAAGUGUCUGAACAUCCAGGGCUAUGUCCAGGUGUUGAAGAAUUUGAAGCCGGACAUGUUGUUGAUUUGUUCCGAUGAUUUGGGAUUGUCUUUCAUGAACUUGUCCAAGGACUUGAACAAUUUUAUCAAGACCAUUGUAAACAUGGAUCAGAACAGCGAGGACAUCUACCUGAAGUUCACCACUCCAAUUGAACAGCAAACUUUGGAUAGUCAAGGUGAGAGAUCCAACAUUUAG